GCUGCGAGCGGCGGUGCCCUGGAGCCCGUCCCCGCGCCCCUGGCGCGCUCCGGAGACCACAGAACGAUGCCCGGGGCCGGGGACCGAGGCGCAUCCCCGGCGAGAUGGCUGGGCGCUGGGCUUUUGGGUCUCUUCCUGCUCCCGGUGUCCAUGUCGCUGGAGGUGUCCGUGGGAAAAGCCACCACCAUCUACGCCGUCAAUGGCACGGAGAUCUUGCUGCCCUGCACCUUCUCCACCUGCUUUGGCUUCCAGGACCUCCACUUCUGGUGGUGGUACAACAGCACUGAUACAUUCAGGACUCUCAUAGAGGGGACGGUGAAGAAUGAGAAGUCUGACCCCAAGGUGAAGUCAAAAGAUGAUGAUCGCAUCACUCUGGAGGGCUCCACGAAGGAGAAGAUGAACAACAUUUCCAUUCUGCUGAGGAACCUGGAAUUCAGCGAUACAGGCAAAUACACCUGUUAUGUGAAGAACCCCAAGGAGAAUAAUAUUCAUCACCAGGCCACCAUCACCCUCCAAGUCGUUGAUAAACUGGAAGAAGUGGACAACACGGUGACCCUCAUCAUCUUGGGCGUCGUGGGCGGGGUCAUCGGGCUCCUCAUCUGCAUCCUGCUGAUCAAGAAGUUCGUCGCCUUCAUCAUCAAGAAGACUCAGGAGAAAAAGAAGGAGUGCCUCGUGAGUUCCUCAGGGAAUGACAACACAGAGAACGGGCUGCCUGGCUCGAAGGCGGAAGAGAAAGCACCGACCAAAGUGUGAGCCCUUGCUGGGGGCGGAGCGGCCGCCGGGGCCUCACUUUCUGAUGACGGAACUGAUGCUUGAGCCGCGCCCGUGAACCCACGUGCCUGAGACACCUGCUGCUUGGCUCCAGCUGUAGUCUAUCUGGGGAGAAACCGGGGUCCUGGCCAGCCCGCCUGCCCCCUCCCAGCCCGGGCUCCCCAGGGAGGAGAGCUGGCCAGGGGAGGGGGCCUGUGGAAAGUUCGGGAAAGGAAAGGGGACUCAGCGGCGUGGAAGGAGGGUCUCCCAACACCUGGGUGUGUGGGGUCUUCUUCAGUCCCCUCACCCUGUAUGAGCAAUACCUUGGUUUUCGUCUAGAUUUCUCUUUCAGAGAGGCUUGGGGGGUGGGGGUUCAGUGAGGCGUCCCCUGGUAGCUGGACCCAAGUGAACAUAACAUGGAGAUCUGACCCUUUUGGUGGUGGCUGUGGCCUACGGGCCUCUGUUCAGGGUCCGGAGGGGGGUAGGGGAAGGAGCCUGGGUGGGGGAUGGGUACCUGAUCCACCAGGUUUCUCUGGUGAGGCGCUUCCCUUCCUCCCCUUUACAGGGUAUGCCACAGCCCCCGCCUCAUCUCCACCUCCCCCCACUGGCCCCCCCCUGCUGCUUGGAGUCUGUGAACCCUCCCGGCUGGGGCUGGCCACCUUGGUUUUGGGGGGUUCCCGGCCCACCUAGCCCACUCCUCUGAUCUCUGAGUUGCUGAGGGGCUCCCGAGGGGGGCCCUGCAGCCUUCCCAGAACACCGGGGGCGCUGCCUAAGCCUUCCCUAGCAUUUCCUUGGGGAACCAGAACUGCGAGGUGGGCGAGCUGGUGUCCGGGGACCCCUUGGCCACUGGGAUGCCCACCCCGGCCCAACCAGCGCUGGCCGCCCCUGCGCCUCGGCAUGGCGGGACCAUUGCCGCCCCUGGGAACUGCCGAGCUUGCCUCUCCUCCGCUCCUCUUUCCCUGAUGAGGCAGGUGGCAUCGUCUUGCUUGAUGUGUUGCACUCUCAGACCCCCCCCCCCCCACCAUGGGCUCACUCCACCCAUGCCUGUGCCCGUCCAUCACACCUUCUCCCCUGGCCCCUUGGUUGUUCACCCCCAACCUGGGGUCUGGGGCUUGCUUUCAUCUCAGGGAUCCUCUUGCUUUGGAAGAGAGGGCCCUUGGGUGUUCUGGCUGCUUCCUGUUCAGCUGUGCCACGCCCCUCCUCCCCCACACCCUGAGGGUGGGGGAGGGGCAGGGAGAGAGUUCUCACAGUCUUCCUCGGCUUUUCUAAGAACUGGUUGGCACACCCCUGUGUGCGGGGCUGGACUGUGCCUUAGCUCCUCAGGCCCUGGCUCUUCCCCUCCAUCCCCUCUCCAGCCUGGACGUGACGGCCACCUCCGGUGGGCGCUGCGAGGGCUCCCCGGCCUGCCUCCACCCGAGGCCAUGCUGGGGGGCAGGCACCAAUGGCCCCUUGGACAGUGAUGGGAUCUCGGAACUGUCUUGGCCCCUGAUGGAGUUCAGCGGGUGGUGUCCCCGUGGGGUGGGAGGGAUGAAGGGAGCCCCCUGCAUCUGCUCUUGCUGGCUCCCUCUCUGGCACUCUGUCCUCUGGGCCUGGGAGGGGUACGAAGGGAGUAGUGCCCUUUCCCAGGGGUUAGGGGACGGCCACAGGAUCCUCCGGGGCUUCCCCCAGGGUGGACGUGGGGGAGACUGAAGAACGGCAGCUCCCGCACGGUGCCUGGCGGGGACCCGUGGGCCUCACCGCACCUGCCAGGUUUACAGGGUCCCACUCUGAUCUGCCUCCGGGGCUCCCACCCCUGUUCCCCCAGCACUCUAGGCUCGGGCUCAGAUUUUCGUGGCUUUGGAACAGACAGACAGACUGCCAGCCUUUUGGAAAACUUGUAGCUAUCGCCAUGAAAACUGCUUUCUUUCCCUCCCCGGUUUCAUUGGAACGAGCUGAAUCGUUUGGGCUCCUCUUACUCUCUUCCGAGGAGGUCGAGGCUUACAGAGCAGGGGCGCCAUGGGGGGAGGGCGUCACCCUCUCCGCUCCUGGGUCUACUGAUAGGUGGGUCACGCAUCUGCUCGGGGCUCAGCUUUUCCCAUCUAUAAAGUGGGUGUAAUAAUACUUACCUACCUCCCAGGACUGCUGUGAGGCUUGACGGGUUUUUGUUUAUAAAAAUCUUUUUGGCUUGGACGGGGACCUAGGAGCCAGGCAUUGUCGUGGAGGACGCGUUCUAAGUCUGUCCUGUCCUCACCUCUGUCCCUUCUCCACGAGACAGACGCAGACCCGCACGCGUGCACUUUCUCUUUGUCACCCACGCUUGCUCUCUCUUCCCACUCCUCCCCCUUGGAAUUAUUUUAGUCUUUGCAAUAUUAGAAACCUUGGCCCUGAUGCUUGAAGCUUCUUAUCCACGGCUUCUGCUUGGGAGUUUUCAAUAGAGGUAGUAGAAUGGGACCUGGCGGAGGGGACACUUCGGGCUGCUCCGGUGCCUCGGGGCACUAUGGGCCUUGAGCGAGUGGGGACUAAGAAUGCUCAACUUUGUCCCUGCAAACAGAGAAUGUUCUGCCCCAGAGUUGGCGUUGGGAGGCCCGGAGGCACAUGGCUGUGCCCACAGUAAAGUCAGCGAGACGGAACACGGGAGUCUUUUCCAGUUCCCCGUCCUUGGGCUCAAACUAGGACAGCAUUCUAGGCCUUGGGUUUCUCCCUGGGUAGGGAUUGAGCAAAAGGCCGCCAGAAUGAACUGGAAGGCUAGCGGGGUCUUCCCCGCCGCCUGGCCCACCAGAGCUGGGGUGUGAGGCGAGGGGUGUGACAGCGUGCUUCCCAGGUGGUGGCAGUGAGGGCGUGCCCGUGGAGUGGAGGUGGGGGGGCUGCGCACGGAAGCGUGGAUGUGUGGAUCUAAAGGCUGAGUGUGCCUGAGAUGGGGGGCGACUCUGCACGUGUGGGGGGGCCUCUUUCCUGGCCUGGGCUGUACCUGUUGGGCCACCCGGAGGCUGAGAAAGGAUGAGAGGCGCUCCAGGGCUCCUUAACUCCACGACUCCCUCCACUGUGCUGGGGGUGGGGG